AUGAAAACAUCAAGAGAUUCAGUUCGACCAGUCUAUGUGCCAUACGACUACGAUGAGAGAGCAGAGAACAUUGAGGAUUAUAAGCCCGGUGGCUUGCAUCCCACCCAUCUAGGCGACUUGUUGGGCCGAGAUGGGCGGUAUAGAGUGGUGCAUAAACUCGGUCAUGGAGGUUUUGGAACAGUGUGGCUAUGCCGAGAUCUUGAACAGAAUGGAUGGAGAGCUGUGAAGAUCCUCGCUGCCACUCAUUCGAUCGGGCACUGCGCAGAUCUGAGGAUCUGUGAGAUGCUGUCGAGCUUGAGCCCUCAAGAAAAGGACGUUCAUACCAGCCAUGUGGUCGUUCCUAUCAAACACUUCUGGCACAAGGGACCAAAUGGCAACCAUCUUUGUGUUGUCAUGCCGAUUCUCGGGCCGAACUUGGAGGAUGCUGCUCGAAGAUACCAACACCAAGAGGAACCAUUGAAAAAGAUCUGUUACCAGCUCGUACUUGCCAUGAAGUUCCUACAUGACAAGGGGAUCUGCCACGGGGAUUUCCGUCCUACUAAUAUCUGCUUCAUCUUGGACGGCCUGGACAACCUCGAAGAAGGCGACCUGUUGCACGUAUUCGGCAGACCCAAGCUUCUUUGUCUUGUUGAUGAUGGAGAGUUUGAUUGGCACAGCGACUUUAGAGGGGACAAUGUGGAAGAUAGCUCCCGUGAAAACCCAGAAGGUGUCGAUGAAGAAACAGACGAAGUCAACUCCAGCACGAGAAUUAUGGACGAAAAUGACCAAGACGGCGACGACGAUCAUCAACCAAGAUAUAUCGUUGUCGCCUCAUGCCUCGGAGAGGCUUCGGAGUACGUGUCGGAUGACAUUGCAGUGAUAGACUUCGGGGAGUCUUUUCUCGCCUCUGAUGCACCAGAAGCCACCGGGAUUCCUCUGGCAUACCGCGCCCCGGAGGGUUUCUUUCAAGACUGUGGAAACUUCGGAGUCGGUAGCGAUAUCUGGGCGCUCGGCUGCUCCAUAUUUGAAGUCAGAAACAGAGGUCAACCAUUUUUGGAUGGUACUCUCUGGUCUUUUCUGAGCAAUUGGGAAGAUCUGAGCGGUCCCCUGCCCGAGCCUUACCGGUCAUCUCUUGCCAAACAAUCCGAUGUGCCCAAGGACCCGUCCCAGUGGGUAUCGCUCAGCGAGGAAGAGAGGGAAGAGCGAAUAUCGGAGCACAUGGCGAGGACGGGUGUGCCGGGCUCGCUCCACAACCUGCUUCUCCUGGAGCAUCGUUUCACAGUCCCUUUGGCUAAGAGUGAAGCACAACCACCCGCUCCACCUCCUACUCAGAGCACGAGGGGCUUGAUUCGCGCUCGGGCGGGACGCAAAGUCGUCGCCUUCGAGAUGUCAAAGGACGAGGCGUUGCAGCUCAUGGACCUCUUCAAGAAGAUGUUUGCAUGGAAGCCCGAGGACAGAAGCACCACUGCCGAGAUACUGAACCAUCCAUGGUUUACCAUUUGCCACCAAGAAAAGGGUCCUCGGGGAUGGAAAACGUAA